GUGGACAGUUGUUCAAAGAAGGAUGUUGAGGUUAUGUCCCUUUAGUGAUUAACUAAAAAAUAUGUCUUUUAUUUUAGUAAAGAUCAAAAGACAGAGAAAGAUAAAAGUCAAUUUAGAAGUUUUAACAUGAAGAACGGAACUGUAACCAUUGUACUCAAUGUAGUUUUAUUUUUAAUUGGCAUACCCUGCAUUAACCUAGAAGAUGUAAAUACUGUGUUAAAUCCCACAAAUAGCCUAGUCCAAAAUGAAUCUAUUAGAGAUUAUCAAGAAAGUGAUAAAGUAGAAGAGAAAUUAGCUAAUAUAGAACCAGUUUUAGAAACUAUUUUAGAGCCUAGUGUUAAUGUGGAAGAAAGUGUCAAAGUUGCCAUAGAUUCUGAGAGUCUCGAGGGCCAAAAAGGCCCUAAUACUGAAAAUGACAAGUCUGAAGUACCAAAUAGAGUAAUCGAUGAUACACCUAUAUUGUUGUCAACAGAAAGCUCAACGGUGGAGUUGGACCAGCUCUCCGAUAUAUCCGUAGUUUUAACUAGUCAAAACGAAGAGAUCGCUUCGAAGAAAAUCCUAGAAACCGAAAACGUUAACAUUCCAAUUAACAUUUCCGCGAACACUUCCGAAACGGAAGAGAAGAAAGUCGAAGAGACGGUCGUACAAAGCGAGGAAAGCGAAAAGAAUGCCACCGAAGGAAAGACUGAAGACAUUCCUUCGUUUUCCGAAUGGGCCCAAAAAAGGCUGGAAGAGGUCGAGAAAAACGAACAGAUUAAUUCUUCUAUGAAGGGAAAUCAAGUUCCUAAUGGUAAAACCCAGAAUGCGAAGCUCCGUUGGAAAAACUACGCCUCAUUAGACUGUGGAGCGAAAGUGGUAGCGGCAAAUCCGGAGGCGAUCAGUCCUGGAGCGAUUUUGUCGCCGUCCAGCGAUGAAUACAAGCUGAAUCCUUGCACCAGUCGUAUUUGGUUCGUUGUAGAACUGUGCGAAGCUAUUCAAACCAAAAAGAUCGAUCUUGCCAACUACGAAUUGUUUUCUUCGUCACCCAAAGAGUUUACGGUAUCAGUCAGUGAAAGGUUUCCAACUCGUGAUUGGGCACAAGUAGGAAAAUUCACCGCCGAAGACGAGAGAGAUAUACAAAGCUUCGAUUUGGAUACCGAACUGUUUGGGAAAUAUAUUAAAGUCGAGAUCAAAUCCCAUUAUGGGUCAGAACAUUAUUGUCCCAUCUCGCUGUUCAGGGCUUACGGAGCAUCUGUAUUCGAAGUUCUGCAGAAGGAAGACUCUAGCGUUAAUAGACCUGACGACGACGACGACGAUGAAGACGAAGACGAUGAAGAAAACGAUCUGAAUUCGUCGCAAACGGACAAAAAGAAUUAUUUCAGUUCCGCCACCGACGCUGUUAUGUCUGUAGUGAAACGAGCAGCCCAAAUUUUAGGUACGAAGUCGAACGAUGACAGUCAAAAGACCAAAAACUCCAGAGCCAGUACAUUGAUUAAUACUUGUAGUUCUCCUCGGCAUAUUAUUAGUUGUCAGAAGUGCAAUGAAACACUAUAUGGACAGAUAUACGAGUUGUUGAGCUGCAAAGCGGAAGAAAUAAGACGAAUCGUCAGCAUCUCUUCGAUCCAAAAAACUUUAAUAUCGUCGUGCAUAUGCAAAAAGUUUGGAUACGAUUUCAAAAACCAUUCGGAUCGGAACUAUCUGAUCAAGAACAUCGAAGCGUUCUUUCCUGAGCCCUACAUAGGUGCAAUGUGUAAUGAGGCAGCAAUAUUAGAGAAUUACGGAGUACUUAAUGUUAGUCAACAGUUUAAUAACAUCACCAAGAAGAUUUCCAAUGAGAAAUUAAUUGAAAUGAACAUAGAGAUUCAAGAAGUGAGAGUCGUAGAGUCGGUUACAUCCAGUGACAUCUUGCAGAACAAUACUAUUACUAAUGUUUCCACGGAUGAGAUCGCUCAGAUCAAACCCACCAAGACUCUUACAGUGAAUGAGACUCUUCCGAAAACCGACACUCAAGGAACACCGUCGGAAAGCGUCGCAUCUGUGGAGACAGUCACCGAAUUACCAGAAACCGGAGCUAUUUUCCCAGAAAGUACCACCGAAGGGACUUUUGUUACUGAGGGAGAUGUAUCUACCGAAGGGACAGACGUCUUAGACGAUCAGUUGAAUAAUAUUAUAUCAGAUUUGACUGCGGAAGGUCCCAACACCGUUGUAGCAAGUAGUGCCUCGGCUAAUAGUCCCCAAGCUGCCAAGGAAUCAAUAUUUUUGAGGUUGUUCAAUAGAAUCAAAGCACUAGAACGCAACAUGUCCCUCUCAAGCCAGUAUCUAGAAGAAUUGAGUAAGCGGUACAAGAAGCAAGUAGAAGAGAUGCGCGAAGAAACACAAAAAAGAGACGAACUAAAUAAACAACUAGAAGAACGUCUCGAUAAGCUGACCUCAACCAUCGAAAACAUGGCAGCCGAACGCAGAACCUUUCUCUCCGUGGUCUACUGUCUUCUUUUUUUCGGUUUGUCUUGCCUCGGUAUUUACUUUUUUUGUGGAAGACGGCCGGAGGUUUCGCGAGACCGUGAAGAAUUGCCUUCGGCUGGUCGUCGUAAAUCUGUGGAUGAGUUGAAGAAGGAGGAGAAGAAGCGCCGGCCCAGCGAUCAAGUACUUAAAAUCGUUCGAUACUCGUCGUUGAACGAGGAUCGGAAGCCGAAGAAAAAGAAGAAGAAGAUUUAUCACAGCAGGUCUAUUUCUUUGGGUAGCAUAAAGCUAGACAAGGAAAAAUGGCCGGAGGAAGGUGAAGGUAGGUCGAUGAUUGAGGAAGUACCUGUCGUGUUGGACGAAAGUGAUAAUUCGAUUCUAGAUGGGUGUAAAUUGUCGAAAGAAGUAGAAAUUGAAGGACAGAGCAAAUCUAGUCAAACCGAAAUUGAAUGUAGAAACGAAGAAAACAAUUUAUCUACCUACGCGAAUCUGAUUUCUAAUGAACCGAUAAAGAAGGAGAAGAAAGGUUUGAAAAGGCUGUUGAAGAAAGUUUUUUAAGUUAUGUUUUGUGUGAAGUAUUUACUGUUUACUUUUACCGUAAUUUAUUUGAUUAUACUAUUAUUUUUUUAA